UCGGGAUCCAUUGAUUGACGACAAGCCACUUCCGCCCCUUCCGGCGCCCGCGUUCCACCCGAUCGCCCAUCGCUACAUCUUAUACUACCUCGAUCAGUCUUCCACGGCAGCUCUUCUUUUUGGCAGCAACGGUUGCUGGAGUGCGCUGACUGUUGCGCUUGCUCGCUGGGAUAUUUACUACUUCAUUGGAAGAGGGGAAGGCAAUAUAUAAGUAAUCUAGCGAAAAUGUGGAUCAUAUCGUUUUGGAUAUUUCCGAUCAUCUCGGCGUGCACAUGGAUUGCCAUGUUGAUUGCGAUGCUGGCCACCUGGGCCAGAGAAGGAUCGCCGAUAUAUGCCAGUAUGGAGACGGGUCAGACCAUUGCAUAUAUUUCCGAUGUUGGAGCACAGGGUCUGAAGCCGCUGUUCAUUGCGGGCAGCUGCGUCACUGUCGUUUUCCUUGAUCUCUCUUUCCUGUCAGAACGCUGGUUGCGACAUGCGGGUCAAUUGGUCCCGAACAAGGGCAAGUUCGACAAGGCCUGCGCAAUCGCGUCCAUUUGCUUCUCGAUCGCGGGCGCCUUGGGAUUGAUCCUCCUUUCGAUCUUUGAUACUCUUCGUCAUCCGAAUAUGCAUGAUGGCUUUUUGAUCAUGUUCUUGGUCGGAUACUUGAUUAGCGCCAUUCUCAUUUGCUGCGAAUACUGGCGUUUGGGAAUCUUCUACCGCUCCCAGCACCGAGUGCUCCUGGCCAGUUUCAUCAUCAAACUCUCAUUCGUCAUCAUUGAAAUUGCGCUGGCCAUCGCUUUUGGUGUCCUCGGCAACAAGGGCGGUCAUUACCGGAACGCAGCGGCAGUUUUGGAAUGGGUUAUUGCGCUUAUCUUCACCUUCUACGUGCUUUCUUUCGUGAUCGACCUGUUGCCCUCGGUGCGCACGCGCAAACAUGUGCCGCAGGGCGAGAAGGUGUCCCGAAAUGGACAAACGACAGCGGCCUAUCCCGAUGGCACAUACGACUACGAGGAGCCCGUGACGACGGACUCGGCAGGGCCGAAUGCGAAUUACUACCGGGGACAGCGGAUAUAAUUAGGUGUUCUUUUGAGUAGACUCGGUGUGGGAUAUGGUUUGACUAUUUGGAACGAUAUUUACGAUAUAUACCCCGUGGAUAAGAGUGGUUGUAUGA